AUGCUCGGCUCAAUGCUUGACGCGCCAUCAUAUCCCGAGGCCGGAACACUGGCAAGCAUCGGACGAGGUGGACGCUCCAACUACCUCACGACCGAGAUUUCGCUGCUCGAGUUCAAUUGCAAGAAGGAGCUCGUGCGGUCUUCGUCGCGGUCGUUCACGCCGAUCCCUCUUCGCGUCAGCCUCUACUACGAGUCAGGCAAACGUGUGGACGAAAGCGACCAAGACAUUUUUCGCUUUGUUGGCGACGAGUACGACGCGAUCGUGAUUCGCGACGACACGCGCAGUGCGACGAUUCACUUUCGACUGGAGAAGGUGAGCCGGCGCAAGGACGGGCAGCGCUUCAAGCUCAAGAUUGAGCCCUAUGUGGAGCAGUGCCCUGUCAACUUGGACGACCUUGCCCCUGUGUUUACAACAGCAAUCUGUGUCCUCUCGAAGCGGAAAUACCCGAGCCAAGAUGCGUCGCACCGUGCCAAAGUCCUCAAGACGCUGCCUGUGGACGCCAUUGCGGACACGGACGGCGUUCGCGCGCAGCUGCAGCACCUGCAACGCCAAAACGACCGCAUGCUGACGCUUCUGGAGGCGCAGCACGAGAUGCUGCUGACACUGGCACGUCCACUGCCAAAGACGCUGGACCUCGAUGCUCUCCUGAAAGCCGAAAACGCUGCCUUUCGAGACGCGCUCGACCCGACCGAGUCGAACCCAACACUGCACAAUUUGACGCUGUCGUUUUAG